AUUUAGGUGGAGGUUUUUUUCUUACUUUUCUUCAUGCUCCCAAUGACCCUAGUGAGAGAAGGGAUUUUUGGGAGAUUAUUAGUAAUUGUAGACCUACUAAUGAUAGACCUUGGCUUUUGUUGGGUGAUUAUAACGCGGUGUUGGAUGUGUCGGAGAAAGAAGGUGGUAAUCCCCCGAGGAGAAAUGCGAUGGAGCCUUUCAAGGAGUUCGUGUUUAAUAAUGAACUUGUUGAUAUGGAUUUCAAGGGUCCACGAUUCACAUGGUCUAAUAUGCAACAAGGAACGAGGAAGAUAUUGGGAAGGUUGGAUAGAGGGUUAUGCUCACUUGAAUGGCGAGAGAUCUUUGAACAAGCCACCAUCCACAAUGAACCGAUGGUGGGUUCGGACCAUUGUCCCAUGAGGGUUGAAUUGUUUGGAAAUCAGGGUCGUAGAAGAGCCACAUUUCGGUUUGACCACCGGUGGCCUAGUUAUGAGAGCUGUGGAGACAUCAUUAGGAGCAUCUGGGAAAGAGGAGGAAAUCACCAAUCCUGCCUGGAUGAGUCUCGUCGUGAGCUUCUGGUAUGGAGUAAAAGUAAUGUGCGUAACGCUGCAAUUCGCAUUAAAGCAAUUCAGGCUAGGCUACAGGUUAUUCUUGAUUUCACGCGAGAUCCCGUUAUGGCUGAAGAAGAGAGAACAUUACUGGCUGAUCUUAACAACCUGUGGAAUGAGGAAGAGAUUUUUUGGAGACAACGAUCUGGGAUCCAGUGGCUCAAAGGAGGUGACAAGAAUUCGAGAUUUUUUCAUACCUCGACUAUCCUAAGAAGUCAUCAGAAUAAGGUGGUUAAGUUGUUGGAUGAGAGGAAUGAAUGGUUGGUUCACCAAAAUGAGCUACAAGACCACUGUCUCUCAUUCUUCAUGGAUUUAUUCAAGAAAAGAGAAGAAAGGGUUGAUCCUGGCUCUUUCUCUGAUAUUCCAUCAGUGGUGGAUGAUAUGAUGAACCAAGACUUGUGUCGGCCAAUUGAUGAUGAGGAAGUUAGGAGGGCGGUGUUUGAUCUUGGUGCUUGCAAGUCCCCAGGUCCUGAUGGUUUUCCAGGAUUGUUCUACAGGAAUUACUGGGAUACUAUUGGUGUGCAACUUUGUGAGGAAGUCAAAGCUUUCUUUAUACAUAGUGAAAUGCCGGAGGGGUGGAAUGACACGCAUAUUGUGCUGACUCCAAAGAUUUCGAAUCCAGAGAGAGUUUCUCAAUUCAGACCUAUCAGUUGCUGCAAUUUCAGAUAUAAGGUGAUUUCUAAAAUCAUGACUACAAGGCUGAAGGUCUGGAUCCCUAAGCUUGUUACGGAAAUGCAAUCGGCUUUUAUUGGAGGGAGAGCUAUUCAGGAUAACAUCAUUAUCGUCCAUGAGGUCAUGCACCAUUUCAAAAAUCGCCCAAAAGGUGGGAAGUGGGAAAUGAUGAUUAAACUGGAUAUGAAGAAGGCCUACGAUAUGGUGGAUUGGGAGUGCUUGGGAAAUAUUCUGAAAGCUAUGGGAUUCGCUCGACAGUGGUGUCUUUGGAUUAAGGAAUGUGUCGAGACGGUGCGAUUCUCGGUGUUGUUUAAUGGCCAACCAUCUCAAUUCUUCCAACCGUCUAGAGGCAUUCGUCAGGGAGACCCUCUCUCUCCUUUGCUCUUCAUUCUCCUUACUAAUGCGCUGUCUUUUCUCAUCUCUAAAGGUGUCCAGGAGGGAUCUUUGCAGGGGAUUUCUUUGAACCCUAAUUGCCCUCGACUUACCCAUGUUCUUUUUGCAGAUGACACAAUCCUCUUCGGGAAAGCAUCUGUGACUGAAGCUUUGCAUAUUAAAAAAACUAUGGAGAUCUAUGGGACAAUGACGGGUCAAGUGAUAAAUUGUGACAAAUCCGCAAUUUCCUUCAGCCACAACACUCCGGAUUCUAUCAAGCAACUCGUUGCAAACUGUCUGGGUAUUCCUCUGGCUUCAGGCUUGGGGAAAUAUUUGGGGGUUCCAACUGAGUGGGGCAGAUCGAAGAAAGAAGUUUUCUCGGUGCUAAUUAGCAGAAUGGAGAAACUGGGUCAAGCAUGGAAGAGUCUUGCUCUCUCGCAAGCAGGAAAAGAGACACUUCUUAAAUCGGUCUAUCAGGGUUAUCCGACUUUCCUCAUGUCCUGCUUCCUUUUGCCGAAAGGGACCACUAGGAAGAUGAACUCUCGCCUUAGUGCUUUCUUCUGGGGUGGGGAUAUGGAAAAGAAGGCCAUACCAUGGAGAAAAGGUAGCGUCUUAACAGCUCCAAAGCAGGAAGGGGGCAUGGGAUUCAAAGAUUUUCAUCAAUUUAAUAUGGCUCUGCUGGCUAAGCAAGGAUGGAGGAUUCUCAAUGGGAAGGAAGAGACUUGGAUUAAGUUGUUGAAAGGUCUUUAUUUUCCUAAUGGUGACUUCAUGGAGGCCGGUAAGGGGCGUAAACCUUCUUGGAUUUGGUCAAGCAUUUGUGAAGCUAAAUCCAUCCUUAAGAUGGGAGCUCGUAAGAACAUGGGAAGUGGAAGGACGAUCUCUUUGGAGAAUGACCCUUGGAUCCCGGGGCUUCCCAACUUUAAGCUCCACCCUAGCGAUCGUCAACAGCUUUGGGCUUUUCAAUGGAUCAUGGAUGAUGGUUGUGAAUGGAACUUGGAUCUCAUUCGACAAACUUGUUCAAUUGAGGAAGUGGAGGCAAUUAAGAGAAUCCCAAUUGGGAUUGAUUCUGCCGACGAUGAGUGGGUUUGGCACUUUGAAAAAUCGGGGAUUUACACAGUGAAAUCAGGGUACCAUACUUUCAGGGAGUCCGAACGGAACCGAUUGGGGACCCCUAACCCGAAUCAUCCUGACUGCACCUCAAAAGCCUGGAAAUGGUUAUGGAGUCUUUCAUUGCCUCCAAAAAUAAUUUCUUUCAUUUGGAGGAUUUCGAGGAAUGCGGUUGCUACAAAGAGGAAUCUCUGGUUUAGAAGAUGUAGUCCUUCACCGCUUUGCUCUCUUUGUCAGUUGAACGAGGAGGAUAUUUGGCAUUGCCUCUUUCGGUGCCCCCAUGCGGCAAGGGUGUGGCAGGUUAACCAUCCUUCUCUUCCUAUCCCUCAGGAUUCAACGCCAGUGGUCAUGUGGCUGGUUGCCAUCUUUGGAAGCCUCCCGAUUGUCUCAAUUCAUGCAGUGGUUGCGUGCUUGUGGGCCAUCUGGAUUGCUAGAAAUGAGAGAGUCUUCAAAGGUGUCAUCCCUCGGACAGCUGUGACAUCAGCAAAUGCGGUUAGGGACUUCAAUUUCUGGACUACUCCUCCCCUUGUCCAAUCGGUCCACGGAACCCAUUCCCAGCACAUUUCUGACCAUUCUACACUUAGUCUACCGCCUAGUUCUUCCCAAUGGGAAGUUCACUGUGAUGGAUCCUUCAGAUCGGAAUCACAGGUGGCGGCAUAUGGGGUCAUCAUUACAAACCCCCAUGGGCAAGUUGUGGAUGGUAGUGCUGGGACCUUUUUCUGUUCUUCAGCGAUAGUUGCGGAAGCUAAAGCCUUGUUGACUGCUGUGAGAAUGGCAGCCUCCCUUCACGGUCCUGCUUCAAUCUUCUCGGACUGCAAAGUGCUUGUCGACAUUAUCCAAGAUCCGCAAAAAGUUGGUCCCUGGCAGGUUAGAGCAUGGAUUCAGAGGAUUCGCUUUCUCCUUCAGACGCAUAUCAGAUUGAGUUUAUUCUUCACGCCAAGAUCUACUAACAAAAGCGCAGAUUGGGUGGCAAAGGAAGCGGCAAAUGGAUCUCUCCCUCAAGAAUGGAUCCAAGUGCUUGACAUUUUAAAUCCGAUCUUGUAAUUCCGCUAUGCUUGUACUCCUAUCGUUGAUUUGAAUGGAAAUUACAUAUUGUCAAAAAAAAAAAGGUUUAGACAAGUUCAAGCAUACAUAGAUGACAAGCGCAAACAUUCUUACUGAUUUAUAACGUUAUGAUUGGUUAAAAAUUAAUCCUCUCGUGUUAUUGGAUUGGGGGAAAAAAAUAAAGAACCGGGGUAACGAAACCAUACAAUUACAAACCUCGAUAUGAAAAAAAGGCAUGUGCUUGAGUUAUGGAUGAGGCUUCAAUUGAAACGUUUUACUCCAAAAUGAAUGUGUGAAGGGUUUCAAUUCAAUUAUGUAAACGAUGAAUUUGUAGCAAAUCAUUGAUGCUCGAAAUUGGGUGUCAAAUCUAUCGCCCAAAUCUCACAAGCAAACAAUACCUAAAUAGUACGUUAGGUAGACUCAUGCAUAGAGAUUAGAGGCAUAGGCAGAGUAGGUCUUGGUUGGUCAAUGAGGACAUCUCCUACAUAAUGAAGUUCAGGCUCGGCC